GCCAGAGAGAGACCACAUCGUCCGUUCCCCAAGCAGCCGAGCCACACCCACACGCACGCGCGCCGCAGAGAGAGAGAGAGGGAGGGAGGGAGAAAGGAGGCGGAAACCCUAGCCACCGCAGCGCAGCGCAGCUACCACAGGCGUUCGUUCGUUCGUUCGUUCAGUCGUCGGAUGGUGUCGAUGAGCACGACGCCCAAGCCGCUGGAGGCCGCGGUUGCUGCCGUGGGGGGAGGCGGCGGGGACGGCGGAGGAGGGGGGAAGGGGAAGGGGAAGGAGCAGCAGCUGGCCGCGGGGCCGCCGAUGGCCGUGCCGGCGGACGCGGCGGCGGCGGAGGAGGCCAGGAUGAAGGUCAGGAAGCCCUACACCAUCACCAAGUCCAGGGAGAGCUGGACCGAGCCCGAGCACGACAAGUUCCUCGAGGCGCUGCAGCUGUUUGACCGUGAUUGGAAAAAGAUAGAAGCAUUUGUUGGCUCGAAAACUGUGAUACAGAUAAGGAGCCAUGCACAAAAAUACUUUUUGAAGGUUCAAAAGAACGGUACAGGUGAACAUUUACCACCGCCUCGGCCAAAGCGUAAGGCAGCACAUCCAUAUCCACAGAAGGCCUCUAAAACUGCCCCUGUAGCAUCCCAAGCUGUUUUAUCACAACAACCUCCUCUCCCUCCUCCGAGGGAUCAAGAUGGUGUUAUUAUGUCUAUGGACACAUCUGCGGUUGUCCCAAACACAAAUGCAAAUGCCCUGGUGCCUUCCUGGGACAAUGCUCUUGUUCAACCUACACAAGUUACAAGUGCUGUUGCAACAAAUAACUGCUCUAGCAGUAUAGAGAGCCAAUCUGGAACGUGGCCAACCUCUGAAGCAGUUGAACAAGAAAAUGUGCUGCCUCGCGCUAUGCCAGAUUUUUCCCAAGUAUACAACUUCCUUGGAAGCGUAUUCGAUCCAGAUACAAGUGGGCAUUUGCAGAGGUUAAAGGCGAUGGAUCCGAUUGAUGUGGAAACGGUGCUACUGCUGAUGCGAAAUCUAUCUGUGAACUUGAUUAACCCAGAAUUUGAGGCACAUAGGCAGUUGCUCUCGUCGUAUGGUUCUGGUGGAGACGAAAAUAAGCCUGAGGGCAUGGACAAUCUUGGUUCCCAGAGUAGCCAUCUCCCAUCGAUGGUGACAAGUGAAUGAGCGAGCAUCAGCCAUUCGCCACGGAAGCUUCGGUUGUUUCCGAGAGACGCUUGUGUUCUCCCUGUACUGGUCCUGUCGACGUCUAGUCUGCCUAUUUAUGGAUGUUGGCUGGGGCAGUGACAUCUGUACAGCUUCCGAGAUGAUGCUCUAACCCUAGGCUAGUGUUGCUUAUCAAGUUGGUGUAGAUAGCCAGUUUUGUGUGCUCAAGCAAUUCUUUUCCCUAGGGUUGGGCAUAGAGAAAGAUGGUUCUUGUAUGUAUACAUCGGUAUGUAUGUGCUUGUGGAUGUACAUAUGUGUUACUGUGUAGACGUUUGAGAUACUGCGAGUAUUCGACCAAGGCAAAUAAAUAAGCUGAAUAAUCCAGCUGGGUGUAUUCUCCACUACGAUGUAAUGAUGUGCACCCUGAUGCUAUGCAAUGUGAGUUCUGAAA